UUGUUUUUAGUUUCUGGGGUCCCCGCGUUUCUGAGAGGUGAAGCGGGAGGGACUGACCCCAGCUCCCCUCAGUCGUCCUACUACGUCGCCUCCACAGCCUGCGGAGAAGCGGGGAUAGCGCGCAUCGCAGCGCAUCGCCUCACAGCGGAACGCCGCGCACUCGGAACCGGCACGGCUCGGCGGGUUUUGGUUUUUGCACUGAAUGUAGUCUAGAUUCAUCUUCACGGGCGUGUGUUGCCCCAGGAUACUGUCAAAGGCAGUAUUUGUGUGUUUCUGCAGAGUUUUGCACAGAGUCUGUUCCCAUGCAAACCAAUGAGGGAGAAGUAUCGGAAGAAAGUGGUUCCAAGGUGGAACAGGAGGAUUUUGUAAUGGAAGGGCAUGGCAAGACUCCACCUCCUGGUGAAGAAAGCAAACAAGAGAAGGAGCAAGACGGGGCGGAGCAGUUGAUGGAAGACAAGAAAAGGAAGAAGGAGGACAAGAAGAAGAAAGAAGCCGCUCAGAAGGUCACAGAACAAAAAACCAAAGUGCCCGAAGUGACGAAACCAAGUUUAAGCCAACCAACGGCCGCCAGCCCAAUUGGCAGCUCUCCAUCGCCACCAGUCAAUGGUGGCAACAAUGCCAAAAGGGUGGCAGUGCCGAACGGACAACCGCCAAGCGCCGCCCGCUACAUGCCUCGGGAGGUGCCGCCGCGAUUCCGUUGCCAGCAGGACCACAAAGUGUUACUAAAACGUGGGCAGCCCCCUCCACCAUCCUGCAUGCUCCUCGGGGGCGGGGCAGGGCCUCCUCCCUCCACAGCACCCGGAGCAAACCCAAACAACGCACAAGUGACAGGAACGCUGCUGCAGAGUGAGAGUGGGACUGCACCAGAGUCAACCCUUGGAGGUGCUGCUGCUUCAAAUUAUGCAAAUUCCACUUGGGGCCCGGGAGCCUCCUCCAACAACGGCACCUCCCCCAACCCAAUUCACAUCUGGGACAAGGUGAUUGCAGAUAGGUCUAACAUGGAAGAGUGGCCUUGUAUUGCCAGCAAAGACACUGAGUCUUCUUCCGAAAACACCACCGAUAACAAUAGUGCCUCGAACCCUGGCUCUGAGAAGAGCACUCUGCCAGGAAGCACCACUAGUAACAAAGGAAAAGGGAGCCAGUGCCAGUCAGCAAGUUCUGGGAACGAAUGUAAUCUUGGGGUCUGGAAAUCUGACUCUAAGGCUAAACCUGUUCAAUCUUCCAACUCUACUGCAGAGAGCAACAAUGGACUAGGAAAUUGGAGGAAUGUGAGUGGUCAGGAUAGAAUUGGACCUGGCUCCGGCUUCAGCAACUUUAACCCAAAUAGCAACCCAUCUGCCUGGCCAGCACUGGUCCAAGAAGGAAAUUCUAGGAAAGGGGCAUUGGAAACAGAUACUUGUAAUUCCAGUGCACAGGUUAGCACAGUAGGUCAGGCAUCCAGGGAACAGCAGUCAAAGAUGGAAAAUGCGGGUGUUAAUUUUGUUGUUUCUGGCAGAGAACAGGCUCAGAUUCAUAACACUGAUGGACCAAAAAAUGGAAACACUAACUCCUUGAACUUAAGUUCACCAAACCCCAUGGAGAAUAAGGGAAUGCCCUUUGGAAUGGGCUUGGGGAACGCCUCCAGGAGCACUGAUGCCCCUUCACAAAGCACUGGAGAUCGAAAGACUGGGAGUGUUGGAUCUUGGGGUGCAGCUAGGGGGCCUUCUGGAACUGACACAGCCUCUGGACAAAGCAAUUCUGGAAACAAUGGGAACAAUGGAAAGGAUAGAGAGGACUCCUGGAAAGGAGCUUCUGUUCAGAAGUCAACUGGGUCAAAAAAUGACUCUUGGGACAAUAACAGGUCUACGGGUGGGUCCUGGAACUUUGGCCCUCAGGACUCUAAUGACAACAAAUGGGGUGAAGGGAACAAAAUAACAUCUGGGGUCUCUCAGGGAGAAUGGAAACAGCCGACUGGGUCUGAUGAGUUGAAAAUUGGAGAAUGGAGUGGUCCAAACCAACCAAAUUCUAGCACUGGAGCAUGGGACAAUCAAAAGGGCCACCCCCUCCCUGAAAACCAAGGCAAUGCCCAGGCUCCCUGUUGGGGAAGAUCUUCCAGCUCCACAGGAAGUGAAGUUGGAGGUCAAAGCACUGGAAGCAACCACAAAGCAGGAAGUAGUGACAGUCAUAAUUCUGGCCGUCGGUCAUAUAGGCCCACACAUCCUGAUUGUCAGGCUGUCUUGCAGACUCUUUUGAGCCGAACUGAUUUGGACCCCAGGGUGCUCUCAAACACUGGCUGGGGCCAAACUCAAAUUAAGCAGGACACGGUGUGGGAUAUUGAAGAGGUGCCAAGGCCUGAGGGGAAAUCUGACAAAGGAACUGAGGGGUGGGAGAGCGCUGCCACACAGACCAAGAACUCAGGGGGCUGGGGAGAUGCACCCAGCCAAAGCAAUCAAAUGAAGUCUGGAUGGGGGGAGCUCUCAGCCUCUACAGAGUGGAAAGACCCCAAGAACACAGGAGGCUGGAAUGAUUAUAAGAACAACUCUUCCAGUUGGGGAGGAGGACGACCAGACGAAAAGACAUCUUCCUCUUGGAAUGAGAAUUCCAGCAAGGAUCAGGGGUGGGGGGGCGGACGCCCGCCCAAUCAAGGAUGGGCUUCUGGAAAGAAUGGUUGGGGAGAGGAAGUUGAUCAAGCAAAAAACAGCAACUGGGAAAGUUCUGCGAGUAAACCUGUGUCGGGGUGGGGUGAAGGAGGGCAGAAUGAAAUUGGAACUUGGGGGAAUGGCGGGAAUGCAAGCCUAGUUUCCAAAGGCGGUUGGGAAGAUUGCAAAAGAUCUCCAGCAUGGACUGAAACAGGCAGACAGCCCAAUUCCUGGAAUAAACAGCACCAACAGCAGCAGCCACCGCCACCACAACCAGAGGCUUCUGGUUCAUGGGGAGGCCCACACCCACCACCUCCAGGCAAUGGACGACCUUCCAAUUCCAACUGGAGCAGCGGGCCGCAGCCAGUAACCCCUAAGGAUGAGGAACCCAGUGGUUGGGAAGAGCCAUCCCCACAGUCAAUUAGUCGGAAAAUGGACAUUGAUGAUGGCACUUCAGCAUGGGGAGACCCCAACAGUUAUAACUACAAGAAUGUGAAUCUGUGGGAUAAGAAUGCCCAAGGGGGCCCAGCACCUCGAGAACCAAACCUGCCUACCCCGAUGACCGGUAAAUCAGCAUCAGUCUGGAGCAAAAGCACACCACCUGCUCCAGAUAAUGGUACUUCUGCUUGGGGUGAGCCAAAUGAAAGCAGUCCUGGGUGGGGUGAAAUGGACGACACAGGAGCAUCGACCACAGGCUGGGGGAACGCACCUUCCAACGCUCCAAAUGCCAUGAAAACUAAUUCCAAAUCUAUGCAAGACGGCUGGGGGGAGAGCGACGGGCCGGUGGCGGGAGCUCGGCACCCCAGCUGGGAGGAGGAGGAGGACGGAGUCUGGGCCGCCGGCUCUCAGGGAAGCGCCUCCUGCCACAACGCCGCGAGCUGGGGACAGGGAGGAAAGAAGCAGAUGAAGUGCGCACUAAAAGGAGGAAACAAUGAUUCAUGGAUGAAUCCUCUUGCCAAACAGUUUUCAAAUAUGGGAUUACUGAGUCAAACUGAAGAUAAUCCAAACAGCAAAAUGGAUUUGUCUGUAGGGAGCCUUACAGAUAAAAAAUUUGAUGUGGACAAGCGAGCAAUGAAUCUCGGGGAUUUUAAUGAUAUCAUGAGGAAGGAUCGAUCUGGGUUCCGUCCACCUAAUUCCAAAGACAUGGGAACCACAGAUAGUGGGCCUUAUUUUGAGAAGGGUGGCAAUCAUGGUUUGUUUGGAAAUAGCACAGCACAAUCGCGAGGUAUGCACACACCAGUGCAACCACUAAAUUCUUCUCCUAGUCUCCGGGCGCAAGUGCCUCCCCAGUUUAUUUCCCCCCAGGUUUCUGCCUCAAUGCUCAAGCAGUUUCCCAACAGUGGCCUGAAUCCAGGUCUUUUCAAUGUGGGGCCCCAGUUAUCUCCUCAACAAAUUGCCAUGCUGAGCCAGCUUCCACAGAUUCCCCAGUUUCAGUUGGCAUGUCAGCUUCUCUUGCAGCAGCAGCAACAGCAGCAGUUGUUACAGAACCAGAGAAAGAUUUCUCAAGCUGUGCGCCAGCAGCAAGAACAACAGCUGGCUCGAAUGGUGAGCGCACUCCAGCAGCAGCAGCAGCAGCAGCAGAGGCAGCCUAGCAUGAAGCAUUCGCCAUCUCAUCCUGUUGGGCCCAAGCCACAUCUGGACAACAUGGUACCCAACACUCUGAAUGUGGGGCUCCCAGACCUUCAAACCAAAGGGCCAAUACCUGGAUAUGGUUCUGGAUUCAGCUCUGGCGGCAUGGACUACGGCAUGGUUGGUGGGAAGGAGGCUGGAACAGAGUCUCGCUUUAAACAGUGGACCUCCAUGAUGGAGGGACUGCCCUCCGUAGCCACACAGGAAGCCAAUAUGCACAAAAAUGGCGCUAUAGUGGCCCCUGGUAAGACCCGCGGAGGCUCACCAUACAACCAGUUUGAUAUCAUCCCAGGUGACACACUGGGUGGCCAUACGGGUCCUGCUGGUGAUAGCUGGUUACCUGCCAAAUCUCCUCCAACAAAUAAAAUCGGAAGUAAAUCCAGCAAUGCCAGUUGGCCUCCAGAAUUCCAACCAGGAGUGCCAUGGAAAGGUAUCCAAAACAUUGACCCUGAAUCUGAUCCCUAUGUCACCCCAGGAAGUGUGCUGGGGGGUACAGCCACAUCUCCCAUUGUAGAUACUGACCACCAACUUCUGCGGGAUAACACCACAGGGUCUAAUUCUUCCCUCAACACCUCGCUGCCUUCACCUGGUGCCUGGCCCUACAGUGCCUCUGACAACUCCUUUACCAACGUUCAUAGCACUUCAGCAAAGUUCCCUGAUUACAAAUCAACAUGGUCCCCAGAUCCCAUAGGACACAACCCCACUCAUCUCUCCAACAAGAUGUGGAAAAACCAUAUUUCCUCAAGGAACACUACACCGCUGCCCCGCCCGCCUCCUGGUCUGACCAACCCCAAACCAUCAUCUCCCUGGAGCAGCACAGCACCGCGAUCAGUCAGGGGGUGGGGGACACAGGACUCACGGCUUGCCUCCGCCUCUACCUGGAGUGAUGGUGGUUCAGUUCGUCCUAGUUACUGGCUGGUUCUUCACAAUCUCACUCCACAGAUUGAUGGGUCAACCUUGAGAACCAUCUGCAUGCAGCAUGGCCCACUGCUGACAUUCCAUCUGAACCUAACCCAGGGCACCGCCCUGAUCCGAUACAGCACCAAACAGGAGGCGGCCAAGGCCCAAACUGCACUGCACAUGUGUGUAUUGGGAAACACUACCAUCCUGGCUGAGUUUGCUACCGAUGAUGAAGUUAGCCGCUUUCUGGCACAAGCUCAGCCCCCUACACCUGCAGCAACACCGAGUGCACCUGCAGCUGGUUGGCAGUCGCUGGAGACCAGCCAGACCCAGUCAGAUCCCGUUGGACCUGCUCUGAAUCUUUUCGGUGGGUCCACAGGGCUCGGGCAGUGGAGCAGCAGUGCUGGCGGCAGCAGUGGGGCCGAUCUUGCUGGCGCUUCAUUGUGGGGGCCCCCAAACUAUUCUUCUAGCUUGUGGGGAGUCCCAACUGUGGAAGAUCCCCAUAGGAUGGGCAGCCCUGCUCCUUUACUACCUGGUGACCUUCUAGGAGGAGGGUCGGAUUCAAUCUGAACUUAGAACUUUCAACUCUGACCUCGUGACCUUUUUUGGAACAGCAGCAGCACUAACUUGACCUUUUCGUUUUUUUUUCAACUUGCAAUAAAUACAUUUUUAAAAGGAAAAAAGAAAACGGAGAGAGAAAAAAAGGUGGGUCAUUGACAGACUGUCUGAGCACAUAGUUGCCUCCCUUAUAACUUCAGUUUUUUCGUUUGGAAUAUGAAUCCAAAAAGAGAACAUAUCACUCUUGAAAUACUUGAAUCAUGAACGCCAACCUAGAAAGACAAUGUGAAGCAAGUACACAUACCAUUUAAAUUUAAACUCAAAAAAAUUAAAAAAAUUAGUUUCUAGUUUUUCACUUUUUUCAUGUUAUAUGGAAGUUGUUGCUAAGAAACAUAUAUACUGAAAAAAUAGCUUUUUAACUUUGUUUGCACUGGGUGUGUUUCCGUCCUUAGGUCUACCAUGUUUGGGAGGGAGGGGAAUUCAAAAGAAUUGUUGGGGUGGGGGGAGGGAAGACUUGACGGAGCCUCACUUUAAAAACAAAAACAAAAAAACCUAAAAAAAAAAAAAAAAAAAAAGGAAAAAAUUUGUGAUUGGCUGGUUGAUAAAUACCAGUGUGUUCUGGCACAUGUAACUGCCCAGGCAUGCUCGUUCUGGUAUGUGUGUGCACGUGUUCCUGUGCAUUCGCGUGCAUCUUUCUCUGUCUCUGUGUGUGUGCCUGUGUCUUCUGCCUCCUCCUUCCUGACCCUGGUUUCUCAGAAAGCUGCGUUGCUGACAGUCUGCAGGCUGGCUGGCCGGCCAUCUACUUUUUACUUUUAUUAUUAUUUUUUUUUAAUUGAGAACACACAAGCACGGGGAGCCACUGCUUAUACUAAAGCAACUCCUUUGGGCUGCAUUAAGAUGAACAGAGUGCUUUUUAAUAAUGAAAGCAGGGAGCUCCUUUACAUCUGCAAAUUAGCCUGAGUGUGAGUUUUCUCUAGCUUUUCUUUUGACCUAGCAGUAGAGUGGAGCACUGCCAAGUCCAAAAAUUUAGGAGAGCAGGAGGUACCUCUUGGAGCAGCUGUGUGUUUAUUUCUGUUUUUUAAAAUGCGUGGCCACUAGGCACAUCUGAAUAUCUGUUAAGUUUUAUGCGGCCUUUUCGUUACUUUGAAUGGGAACAGGUGACGAGAUAGUUUUUAAUUAUGUGACGUCUCAAAAGCGGAAAAACUGUGUUCCCCUCCUUUCUUGUCUAAUCAGGUAUGAGAAAUUCAUCAGAAAGUCAGGUAAUGCUGAAUUAAAUAUUUCUAUUCUUUUUCAUUUUGUGAAAACAGAAAAAAAGUAAGUUGUGAGCAGCCUCCUGAAAGCAUCCGCAGCUCUCCCUCUCUGCUCCUUUCUUGCUGAGCGUUACCUGUGCCAGGCCGUGGCGUGUUACAGCACCAGGCCAUCACUGACAGAAACGUUUACUUAACGAAUGUUCUUAAACCAGUGUGUACUUCAAGCGUUUCCUUUUGUUCUCUGUGUUGUGUAUUUCCUGUGUAUGUGGUUUUGCUUAGGCAGGUAUAACUUAGCAAAGACUUUUAAGUAUUGCACCUUUUUUUGGUUUUGACCUCUUAUUUUUUUUUUUCCCUUAUAAUGUUGCUUUUUUUAUUUCGGUAUUUAAAGACUUUUUAAAGCAUCAAUGUAGUAGUACUCUGGGCCGAGUAGGAGGCAACUUUUAAUCCACAGUUACCACCAACAUGUAUGUACUUAUGUUGGAAUCAAAAUGUAUCAAACUGCGUUUUGUGAAGAGAGCUAUAGCAGCCCUGAAGGGGUACCCUUUAUACAAAGCAGAUGGGGGGGAGGGUCAUAUGCCGGUAACGUGCUAGCACUUGUGUGGACAUCCCAACCUGCAUUAUACUGUUUAACAUAAAGUGCCGACAUUCUGUACCAGCAAAUACCUGCCCAUUCCAGCCCUUGGUGGGAGCAGACCUCUACUGUCCUCCGGAACUUGCUGCUAGUGAGGACAAAGGAUUUUUCUUCUUUAGCAUCUUCAGUGAAGGGUAUAACAAUGCCUAAUGUAUUUGACUUUCAGCUUGUGUCUUUGUGUAGGUGGGUGGGUGGGUAUGUAUAGUAAAGGCAAAAACUCAUUUAAGUGGUUUUGUGAGACAAAGAAUGGGAAUUCUGUAGUCCUCUCGGCUUACCCUGUUGAUUAUAAGCCUAGCCUCAAAAGAGAUUGACGUGCGUAAUUCAAGUGAGCAUUCGCUCUUACAAGUCUUUAUGACCCCUUCGUGGGUAGGUGGUCAAACUUGAGUUUCCAGCAUUGGUUUGGUCCCAUUGGAUGCCUUGUAGAAAACUAACUGUGCCCUCCUCCUGCUCUCCAGUUUUCAUCACCACCAUGCCCCUUCCACCUCUGCCCACAUACACAGUGUCUCCUCCCAGCCCCACUGACUGCUCUCUCUGUGGAGCAAAACCCUGUCGUGGUGACCUUCAGGUGAAGAGCAGCUAUGUUCAGACACCUACAGAAGGCUAACUCUUAGUUUCCCUAGGUUAGGAGCAUGUCCCAAGGCUCCCAAGAGCCAGUGGUGACCCUGCCGCUCUGGUUUCCUGCCGUGUCCUGCCCCACCCUCCACUCUUCCAGCCUGUUGGUUCCUUGACCUGCACUAUGGGUUAGUUGAGUUCCUUACGAUACUACGGUGAAAGCCGGGUGCUAGAAGCCCCUCUUGUUUACAAGACAUACUGAGGGAUUUGAAAUAUGUAAAAUUAGCAUGAGAAGCUAAAAUGUUCUUCCAUCAUAAGCUUAAAGGGAAAAAAAUUAAAAACUUAAAAAAGACCAAAAAGUGCGUAUAUAUAUAUAUAUAUACAUAUAAAUAUAUAUUUUAGAUGAAGACUAACUCUGGGAGCAUUUAACAGUGUUUUUUGUUUUCGUUUUUAACAUUUAUUUUCCUGCUUUAAAAUUUGCAAGCAUUCUCAGGAAUUCUAGGGUAGGAAGCCAGUUUUUGAAGAUGGUUUAUUUAACCGUAUCUUAUCCUAGAUAGACAGCUCUUUCUUUCCUGUUAAUAAACUUUUACAAGUUCCUGAAACUUCAAAAAGUUUAAACAAUUUUUACUUAAGAAAAUGUAAAAAGAAAAGUCUCCAAAUGUUAUUGUCAUACUGGGGAAUCACACAUUUUAAAACAUGUAGACAUAUUUUUUAAAAAUGAUCAAUUUAGCAGCAACAGGUAAAUUCAUUAUCUUUAAAAAUACAGGAGAAGGACAGCUUCAUCAGAGCUCUAUUGCAGAUUUAUUUGGAAGCGUAAUUUAACGGGAGAGCGUUUGGUGUAUAUAAAUGGAAAUUCCAUACGUUGUUCCUUUCCAUUUAAGACCGGACUGAAGUCUCCCCUACUCAUUUUUUUUUAAAGUAACCCUUCUCCCUGUCCCCCAGCCCUACCAACAAAAGAAAGGAAGAAAGAAAGAAACAACAGCUUAAAAAGAAAGUAACUCUACUCUGUAAAAUAGUACUGUUGGAUUGCUGAGAAUCUAUGUAAAGAGUUAGGAAAUAUAGGUUAAUAAUUUUUGGAACAAAUUUUAAAUAUAGGCAUUACUAGAGGAAAAGUAUCUAUGGACUGUUCUGUUAAUGAAGACAAACUGUCUUGCCUCCGUUUGUUAUGACAGGAGGCAAAAAUAAUAGAAUAUCUAAUAAGGAACAAGUGAUUUUACUUUUUUCGCUCCCAGCUACUGUUGUGCUCAUUUUAAUUGCUAUUUUGAAGAUCUGCUGCUUAAUUAUCCCCACCCCUCAGCCGGAGAUGCGGAGUGUUUCCUUUUAGUUUGGGUAAUGUCAAAUUCUCCUUUUGUAUUCCCUCCUGGGGCCCAGGGUCAGAAUUCCCUAGCAUGACCGCAGCUUCUUUUAAACAUCUAAGCUUCCCAGUGGGAAAGAAACUCCCGCUCGACAGGUAAAGGGAGUGGGUGGCGUUGCUGCCUGCAAUUUCUCUAAAACCGCGUUAGUGCCUUCGUACAUACACCCAGGCGUCCUAAGCAGGGGGAACACGUGUGUGUGUGUGCAUGUCGUCCAGUCACUCCACAGACAUUAAGACACUUGCCUAUUAAGGAAAUUGGAGUGGUUCUGGACAGGCCCCAAAGGCAGUGGGCUAAAUUUAAAAUAAAUAAGCAGAAAUCAAGGAAGUUAAAUAUGCUUUUAUGUCUCGAAAAUGUGGAAUGCCAAGAUCUUUCCUUGUGUUGGUGCCCUCCCUUACUGUGCGUUGACUUCUCCAGGUGUGUCAGUGUGACAGCUAGAGUGAUCUGGAAAGUCUGUGUCGGGCCAAUAGAAAGGGGUUUGUGUUUUUCUAUUCUUGUCCUUCCUCUCCUCCCUUUCCCUGCCCUUGUUCUUUCUUUUCUUUUUUUCCUUUGUCAACUUUCUGGAAGCUCUGCUUUAUUGGUUGGCAGUGACCUAAGAACAGGAUAUAGUGAGAUGUAAUGGGAGAGAAAAACUUCCUUCCCUGGUAUUCUUUGGCAAAAGCCAUGUCUGCUGAGAGAUUAUGUGGCUUCAAAACACUUAGAGAAUUUGGUGGGAGCGUUGUCUCUUCCACCACACUCUGGCAUGUGUACAGAGGCUUGCUGGUCACCUCUCUUUACACAGAUUGACUUUAUAAACAUUUUGAUCAUGUAAAUUUGAGCUUUCCAGUUUUUCCUAGUUUCCCCUUAUUUCUUUAAACACUUGAUUACUAGUGGCUAGAGGUGUCCAUCUCUCAUACAUCACAAACUUGGUUUCUGUCUACCACAUGAGUAGCCAAAACAAAAGCAGCACUAGUAGGGAAAGGGAGGGAUGUCUUCCAUCAGACUGGGGACCUCUGCUGGCAGUUGAGAUCCAGUGCCAUGACCUAAUUUUAGGUGUUUUUAAAAAAAAGCAAAGUUCAUAUCUCCAACACACUGUGAAAAAGUGGAUGUGGCAUCUCUGAUCCCUCAGUCCCUAGCCCUUGACAGUCUUCAUUUACAACAUUCACAGAGGUUAACUAGCAGUGCUGUAAGCUCAAGCUCCAGACGAAUUAUCUCAUCAGUGUCCCCCAGUAAAUUAGCAUUAUCCAUUGACUGCCAUUCAAUUUGUUGUAUUUAUAGCGGUUUGAUUUUAUAUUACUAUAGCUCCUGUUCUAGGAACUUUCCCACCUCUUCUGACAUGAAUGUAGCAAAAAUUAGCAGUUGGUUCUUCCAAGUUCCUGUGGGUUGAAUGUGGUGUAUAAGAUAUGCAACAAAAAAAGAAAGGAAAAGAAAUUCCUGCCUAAGAAUUUGGAAGAGCUUUUACUAAUACAUCUAGCAGAAACUAAAAUUUCACAGGCUGUUAACUUGUUACAAAUACUCACUCUCACUUUCACCACUUUGGGGAGAGGGGGCAGUUUUUGUAGAGUUAACAGCCAGAUUCCAUAUCGACCUCGGAUGCUGUGUACUUUUUAUUUUUUUAUAUUCUGGCAUCUUGACUCUUAAACAGAAUGAAGAUGUCUGUGUGCUGAGCAGAAUGCUUCAGCCGAGCCUGUUUGCUUUUGCAGUGUACACAGGAUGUUUUCCGCAGACUUGGCUGGAACAGCCAUCUUGAAGGUUAGGGAACAAUUGAGUCUUUAUGUGGAAAAGGUCCCCUCUCCCCCUUCCUCAGAGUUCAGAUUCAACAUUUGACACUUUGUAGGUUAUUGUUUUGGGUUUGGGUUUUUUCUUUUGUUUUAAUUAUCUAUAAGGUCGUUAGCUAGGAGUCGAGAUACAUUUAUAGCUUGUUAAAAUAAAAAUCAACCUUUUUCUUCUCCAGUGUUUUUGCCAAGUUUCGUCACACUUCAUGUCUCUGCAUUAACUACACUUCUUAGUGCUAUUGCAAAAAGAAACCUUAUUUGUUGUUUUUCCUCCUGUGAGUGUAUAACAACCAGGCUACAUGCAGUGUGCAGAGGAACAUAGUCUAGCCUGUGUGUAUACAGUGAAUUGUCAACCUUUGACCUCAGCAUCAUUCAGAAAAUAGGGUGUCCUUGCCCUUCUCCUCUGCUGCACCCCAUGCCACACCCCCUCUGCUUUUCUUACACAAGUACAGGGUGUCCACACAGUCUAGAUACAGGCAAAUAUAUAUAAUGUUGUCAAGGACAUCCUCAGCUAUUAAAAACAGUUAGAGUGCACCCUGUGGUGUGGUCUGUAGGUUUAUGACCAGUGCCAAAGGUAUGUGUAUUUUCAGAAGUGGUCCCCGUUUAUCAACAGUGGUGGUGUUUUCUUGACCUUAAGUUUGACAGAGGAGGUGCUGGCAUCCCAUUCUUUAAAUUUGAAAUAAUUAUCAACGUCAAAAUCUAUGAACAUCGUAAUAACUUAAAAAUUGAAGAUUGGCCCUCCCUAGCCCACCCAGAAUGCCUCCUCCCCACCCACACCGCCAAAGAAAAGAGGCCCUGAGCACCUAUAGGAUGGUGAAGGGAGCACUGGUCAGGAAACUGUUACUCCCCAUCAGCUGGGCAUCCAUGCUGUCCUUCAGGCGGUCACUCAGACUAGGUCCGGAGUAAUUACCAAGUGUUCUAACAUUUGAGUGGUUUUUAAAUUGUCAAUCUCUUGUAGUAACCCGCUACCACCACCAAAAAUAGCAAAAGUGACCGAAACUGCCAGUGUUUGCCUCACAGAAUUUAAAUGGUUCCCUUGUCAGUUAGCUGUACACCUGAAGUUAUUAUUAACGAGAACCUGCACGCCAGGAAAAAUGGUACUACCCUGAUCAAAGGGUCUCUGCAAGACUCAGUCGUUGGUUCUUCAUUUUGCCAGCUCUUGUUUUCAUCAUGGAAGGGAAAGGUCAGAUAGAAACGAGAAAUGUUUUUCAUUUUAAAAAGAAAGUGUUUCCCUAAUAAAUCAUUGCUUUGGAAAUAAAAUCCCAAUUGUAAUUGACCCAUUUGGGGGCAAUAUUAAGAAGUUGGGAUUGUGUAUUUUAUAACUAAUGGUGAGCAGCAAAGACAAGUGGCGAGGGUAUCUUCCGGUGUUGCGGCAGAGCUGCGAAGUGAACUGCUUUUCCUUCCCUUCCCCUCCCGUGCUUUCUCCGGCCACUUACUGAAGUUGGCAGCCCUUCUCCUUGGGCUACUGAAAGGCGUGCGCAGUUCUCUGAGGGCUGGGUUGGAAGAUGUGACCGAGGUGAGAUAGAGCGGCCUUACUGCAGGACUAGCCUUACAGCAGAGCUUUAUGGAGAGGAAGAUAGGUAUCCUACAUGUGUUCGCCAAAAGUGAAAAGGGGGGGUAUUUAUGCGAGACCAAGGCAAAAACCUUUGGAACCGUUUAAGAAGUUACAUACCUUUUAAAGGUAGUAUCGUUUCUCACUAAGUGAUACAUUUAGCAUACACUUCUUGCCAGAAAUUGUGGGAUAAGCUAGAAUAAAUGUGUUUAAAACACCACCCCAUCCCCCCUUUUUAAUUUUGUCUAAGGAAUUAAUUACUUAAGUGUAGUAUUUCUGAAUGUGCCUUUGUGAGUACAGAGACCGUCUGUUUUAGGAAGAAGCUGUCCAUUAGGAUGAAACAGAAAGACGGUCAGCCUAGUCUUUAGGGAAGUCAGCGUUUCUCCUGGCCAUCUCCAGGGGCAGCUGGUGAGUUUUCAUUAGCAUCAAUAUUGCACAGUGUAGAGUUGUGUGGAAGAGGCUCUGGGACUUGGAAGAGGGGGCAGCGAGGUGAUGGUGCACAGGUGACAGAGACCUAGGUUAGUCCAAGAGUGAAGGUUGAAUUUACCUAUCUACAUUGCCUGGUUUUCUCCGUGUAUAUGUGUGUGUGCACGUCUGGUUGUCUUUUUGUUUCUCUGUGAGCACUGGAGAACUGAAAUAUGGUGAUGUUCGUGACACAUUCAUGCAUGUCAAGAAGGCGCUUCCCGGCUUCUGCACGCGGAGCGGGCGGCGCAUCUCCACCCUCUGAGUCUGUGUCCUGAGAAGGCAAUUAUUUUCCCAAAUGGAAGUCAUUUUGUGUUGCUGUUUAUGUGAACAGGGUAUUACACACAAGGAAAAGGCUUUUGAAAGAAUAAGAUUGAAGUGUUUGAGAAAGAAAAAUCUGAAAUCAUGUUUUAUUUCUUCCGAACUAUUAUAGCUAAAACAUAGAAACCUGCAAUGUCUUUUCAUUUGUUUUUACUUGUUUUAAACAAUUCCACCUCUUCUCCCCACUCCCAAUCUUCUAAAGAAAUAUCAAGUGAAUGCUAAGGGCCAUUUCCAUAAUUCCUCAGAACUCCCCAAAGAGGAAACCAAUCCCUCCCGCAAGAUUCUUUCAGCUUCCUUCAGCUUCCUUCAGGAAGACAAAGGGAGGAGAGAUGCUGCAGCUCUCUGUGCUUCACUCUCAUUCCUCUCGAAUGGCCUUGAAAUGUAUUAUUAUGCAAAUGUGAAUUUUGAUACUGAAUUUAAGAAGAGGUUGUUGGAUUUUUUUCUUUUUUCAAAAAAAAAGUCCCAUACGUGGUCAUCAUUGCUUCUUUAUUUUGUGCCGUGAAUUGUAACUAUGCAUUCUGCAAAAGGGGGGCAGAGAGGGCAGAAAGGGGAAGGGAGUAGCUUUGCAUCUUCUGUGGUUUCUGUGUCCAUGGCAUCCCAUGUCCUGACGGGGCAGGGGAGUGGGAGCAUGAAGCGGUAAGGUCGGCACAGCACAGCGAGGUGCAGAGACCUCUGGGUCCCCCCGCGGACGCUGGCAGGCCUGGUGGCCCCGCGAAACCAGUGUGGUACAGGAUUCUCCGUCCUAGCCGUGCAGUGUUAACCCAGUGCAACAGUGGGGCCCCACAGGCUCCAGUGUUCUCUGGAAAAAGUACUCAUCCUUUCCUGAAUACAGAACCCCUUCAAGCUCAGGAAACCAUGCCUCACUCGUGCUGACCUUCAAGUUCACCUUAAUGUCAACUUCGAAAACCUCCUCCUCGCUCCUUUUUUUUGUUCUUCCUUCUUAAUCGUUUUUAGAGAACUUAAUUAUAAGGAAACUGUCUUGCUCUAAGCCUGGGGAAGGGGAUUGUUGCUUGGCAGGCAAAAGGAUUCUCUUCCCCAUCCACUGCCCCUCAGCCAAACAUGACCUCUGCUUCCCUGGCAUCCAGCCAUGUAUAGCUAGCGAGCAGGGAGGUGUUUGACACGGACAAGCCAACAGCCUUCUCUUUGUCCUAACAGAAUUCCUUUGUGGAUCUUGCCUGUGGUGAAUCGUGGCACCUGCAUUGCUCUGGUCUAGGCAUUAUUAGCAACACACAGUAUCGUACACAAGAGAUUGUUCUGCCCGUGUUCAGUGUUUCCAUGCAGCAGCUCUUGUCCACAGUACUGUAAUGAGUCACAGACUUGACCACAGUCUCCUUGUGCCCGGGCAACGGUGCAUGGGCACGAUCUUAUCAGGGUUCCAAUCUGUUAGAUUGCCUUCAGACAAAAAAACAAAACAAACAAAAAAAGUAAAAUCCUGGCGUUUCAACUGUCUAACACAAAACAAUACCUCGAGGUACAUUUCCCUUACAGUGUAGACCUUGACUCCCCUCUCCUUUUCUGACAAUAGUGGAUUAUCCUUUUGAAAAUAUGAACAUGUAAAUAGCAGGAUAACUUCUAUAAUUUUUUUUGCUGUGAAAGUAACCCUAAAAUAUGAUACUUUUCUCUUUUUUUAAGUCGUCAGAAGUUUCAGAUCUUACUCUUUCAUGUUGGAGAAAGCAGAACAGGUCAGGGCAUGGACUUGCAUUUGUGGGCUGGUGUUCUCUCCAUUGCCUCCCAUUCACAGCGACUGCAGGCCAGUGUCUGAAGCCUGUUAUAAUAGAUACCAUCUCUUCCAGCCUUCUAGCUCCAGGGUGGGGAGUGUCAGAAUUUCUCUCUUCCGGAAGAUCCAUCCCCUCCAGGGUUCCAGAAUGUUUUCCACAGGAGACCCUGAGCCCUCAACCUUUCUUGAUUCACACACAUACGCACAGUAAGUGUGUAGCAUUCUGUAGUUCACAAAGGGAAUUAGUCCCUAGAAUUUAUAGCCUUGUCACUUUGUGAUACUCUGGAAAUGUAUUGAUCUGUUACUUAAAAAGAAACUCAUCUGAGAUGUGCAAACAACCGCCCUAAAAGGCAUGUGCACCCUCAGUUGUUCCCCCCUUCGUGAGGCUUGGCUGACAUUAGGUAGAGGGACAUAAGUUUAACAAAUGCUGCUUGUAGGGAUCUGUCAGCUGCUGCUCUCUUAGAUUUGGCCACUUACACAGCAGGGUCGGAAUGGAUCAUUUUGAGCAGCUUCUUCACAAACACCCCCUUCCCCCAUUUUAAAAAGAAACCCUGUAUCCGUCAAGAACCCUUUUUACUUUUGACUUGUAUAGUGACGACUUCCUUUGACAGGAAGAACCUUGAUUAUAAAUGCACGCAUAUUCACCACCCACCUGAUUUCGGCCCUUUGGGCUUUCCUUCUGUUUGUUUGGAGACCUCUUUUCUAUCAGUCUCCUUCCUCUGAACCCUCAAAAGUCCUUCCCAUGCUCAUCCCUCUACAAUCCUCCCAAAGGGCUUUGCUAACCUCUGCACUUCUUUCCUGGGGCACUCACUCCCCCACCACCACCCUUUGCACACACACCUGUGACCAAAGUGUGUCCAGUGAUCUCACAGAAGACAUCAAAAAUGGUGCAUGCACCUCGAAUGUGCUCACAGAGACACGUGCACAAGGAUUCUGCACCCUUGGCCUUAACCUCAGUAUGACUUAAGGUGCAGGAACAUUUUUAACAGGUUUAAAAAAAGAUACCCUUCUGGGAGGCGGGGAAAAAGCAGACACAAGAACUCAGCUGUGCUGGCUUCUAACUAUCCACUAUUUGCUUACAGCUUCAAAUUCUGUGCCCACCCCACCCCACCCCCACCCAUUUUGAUUAACCAAAAACAGACAAGCAACCUGAGGAGAGAUUUCUGGACUAUUUUGUCUUUCUCCAUUUAGAUGGAGAUAUAAAUGCUGCUUUGGGUUCCAUAAUCCUAGGGGGCUAUGUUUACAGAGUAAAAUACAUCCUACCAAAUCAGGAAACUGAAUCAUGGAACCUCUGCAGUGAGAGUUAGGUCACUGAUGGUGAACCAGAGAAGCGAGGAGUCUGGGGGUGCAGAGGAGAGAGGGAGAAGUCCCAUUUCAGUCUCAUGACAUUGUGCUCCCUUCCUCCGCUCUCCUCCCUCCACUUCCCCUCUUGCCGCCUCUGAACAGAAGGUGCAGAGAAGGGCUUCAGAAAGAGGCUAGAGUUUUCAAAGGCAGCUUUCCAGCUUUGCACACAAACGUAACAGGAAGGUACAGGAGAAGUCCUCUCGUCUGAAACACUGUCAGCAGAAACAACCUGCCAGCGUGACCGAAGCUGCGCACAUCGGUGCCCCGCAGGUUACCCAGAAGUGUUUUGUUUUUCUUAUACUUGAAAUAGCUUUGACGAUAUUGUUGGUGGCUUUCUUUCCUCUUCUGGUGGGCCACAGAGAGAGUGUAUGAUGGGGUUUAAGGAAGUUUGAAGGGAGAAAAGGAAGGAUAUGGCAUUGUCUUUUUGUUUUUUUCCUUAAACAUAGAGGUUUAAUCAAACUCCCAUAUGUUGAAAUUGCUCCUCAUAUUACUGGUUUUACAUGGACACAGAAACUAGGCACUUUAGAGGUGCACUUGCAUGGCAGGCUGGGCCCCCCUUUUCUAUAUUUUAUUUUACUUUUUUAGUAUAGUGGUACUUAAAAUCACUGGUUCACUUAAAAAACAAACAAUAAAAUGUUAAACUCUACUAAUGUACAAAUAAGCUGAAAAGUUGCAUUUUAUGUGUAUUUUUUGCCAUAGCAGGUACUGUAUUUCUCAUGCUGGAUUUCAAAAAAAAAAAUCAAAAACAAAAAAAACUAAAGGGUGGUGUCUUAUUGGAUUGCGACAGGUUGCGUAAUAAGGAAUUAAGUCUUCGUCAUUUCAUUAAAACUGAGAGAUGAUGUAAUGCAUAUAUAAGAGUUUUCUGAAGGGUUUUUUGGGCUUUUAAACGGCUUAUUUUUGUUUUUGUUUAGUUUUUUAUUUUAUUUUAUUUUGGAAAGAUAUGAUUGUAUUAUGUGCAACUCAGUUGCUUACAUUAUAACUACAAAAUAUUUUUGGGUUCCUGGAAAACAAAAAAGAAAAAAGACUAAUAAAUGUGUUUGGCUGCUAAGCAUU